GAACUGAAACUAAGCGGGGUGUCGGUCAAAGACGGAGCGGUGGGUGGGGCUAAAACUACCGCCUUUUGAUUGGCCCUCGUUCCAGUUCGUGAUACUACCAAUUGUCCAAUCACACACGCGUUCAUGGGUUAGACCAAUAAAAACACGCCAUCAGAAACGUCCCCGUCUCUCUGACAAUUAGCAUAGACCAGUCAAUAAAUGCCUCUGUCCCGCUCUCUCUCCUCAUCGUCUCGUGAGGUUUUGAUCUCCAGCAGCAUCAUGCCUGAACCAGCGAAGUCCGCGCCGAAGAAAGGCUCCAAGAAGGCCGUCACCAAGACCGCCGCGAAAGGAGGAAAGAAGCGCAGAAAGUCCAGGAAGGAGAGCUACGCCAUCUACGUGUACAAAGUGCUGAAGCAGGUUCAUCCCGACACCGGGAUCUCUUCCAAGGCGAUGGGCAUCAUGAACUCUUUCGUCAACGACAUCUUCGAGCGCAUCGCCGGUGAGUCGUCUCGUCUCGCUCACUACAACAAGCGCUCCACCAUCACUUCCCGAGAGAUCCAGACCGCCGUGCGUCUGUUGCUGCCCGGGGAGCUGGCCAAACACGCCGUGUCCGAGGGCACCAAGGCCGUCACCAAGUACACCAGCUCCAAGUAGAGCUCCGCUGCAGCUCCACACACAAAGGCUCUUUUAAGAGCCACACAACUUCUCACUGAAAGAGCUUCUAAUGUUUGUAGGACGUACUGUAAUAUCUCUCAUUUAAACUAGCUUAAGUUAGAUGUGUUGAAGCGGCUUAUUUAUCACAGGUGGCCAGGGAAGGGCCAACAUCCAGUCCGGGGUGGCACAGAAUCUUCAUUACUUUGCUUAAAAAAAAUGUGUUCGACUAUAAUGUAGGCAUAAUGGGCUAUUUUUAGUGCCUUAAACACAACUGAGUACAAUUAAUUUCUACUUUACUGAAUUGAGAUUGCAAUUUGCAACUUAGAUCAAGUAACACUGGGAGAAUAUGACACUUUUUUUUGUAUUCCUCACCUCCAGGUAUUUUAAUAAAGGGGCUCACUUUAGCUUUAUUGCUCAUUCAGCUUCUCAAAACUCGUAAAUGCUUGCCCUCCGACAUUAAUCAUGGAUGAGAAAAAGUGAUGAAAAUGUGAAAAAGGCCAGGAUUUCAUGACUUAGCUGUAGACAUCUUCAAGACUAAAAGACUUUAAACAGCCCUUUAAUCACAGAGCAGAUAAAUAAGUCAAAGCUUGUUCUUGUGUUAUAGUUACUUGAAUCUAGGCUGUCACGCUAUAUUUCACACACUGAUUGGCCAAAAAUAUAACAUUAGCUCUACUGAACACACACGUCUGCAAAACACACCCUAAGUCUUCAGUCCAGAAAUAAGCUUUUCAUAUUUCAUAGCAGUCGAUUCUGUUCCCCUCUGGAAUUCCUGUUUCCCCUCGGGUUGCAAGGUCUGUGUAAUAAACCCAACCAAAUAGUUUGUCAAACAUUGCCCCAAAGUAGCCUAAAUUGUGCCGCAUGCAAAUACACCAAACACAACUGGAUGUAAGGAAAGCAAAAAGGGACAAAUCUCUUGCUACACCGCAGCAUAGUAAAAUGAUUCUCACUCUACAGUUAAUGUUCUGUUAUUAUUUUUCUUCAUCUUGCAGUUGUUGCUUUGUUUUUGUCUUAUGUCCGAGUUUUUGCAGUUUAAUUUUUCCAUUGCAAAUUAGUGUAAUCUGUCCGUGCUGUCCUACACUGACACAUUUUUUCAUAGUAAAGUGAGUAUAAUGAUACACCAACACUUUAUAAUAACAAAAAGUCAGUGCUUGUCAAGAAACUAUACUUAACUGACUUAAAGCA